AUGGGCUUCGCCCUGGAGGCCAAAAGCCUGGCUGAGGGCUCUGCGGAGGGGGAAUGCUCACCUCCUCCUGCACCCCCUCUUGUGUCACCUGUGCUCACUGUGGAGGGGCCAGGGUUUACCACUGUGGAGCUGUGCCAAGAUGGAGAAGACAUCUGCCUGACAGCAUGUGAGGGAGAGAUGGAGAUGAGUGGCCAGGAUCCAAACUGUGAAGACAUGCAAAGAAAGGACCAAAGGUUGCCAUUCCAGAUCUUCCCAGACCCUGUUGAGGUUGUUCUGGGCCCAGAGACCACCUUGAACAGCCUGGGCCACAACAACGAGAAAGAGCGAUUACCUUCCAUUGUUGUGGAACCCACAGAGGUGAGCGAGGUGGAAAGCGGAGAACUGCGCUGGCCUCCAGAAAACAUGGACAUGGAGGAAGAUGAGGAAGAUCUGUUCUUGGAGCAGUGCAUCCCCCCAGCAAACAUCGCAGACUGGGGAGAAGAGGAGGAGGAAGAGGAAACAACAGUUAUAUUGAACCCACAGCAGGGCCUGACGCUCAUUGACCUUCAGACAGAUGCUUUUAGAGAUGACACUCCCACGCUUCCACCUAGCAGUGCCCCGGCCCUCAACUGACCUAACCUCUGAGAAGUCUGCACCUCUGAUUGCACUGGCUCAGUGAUGUCAUGGAACUACGUGAGAACCUCCUGUCAUGGCAACAAAAAUUUGUAGUUUGUGCUCUGUUCAUAUUCUACAUUUCAUCUCCCGAUGAUGCGGGUAAUAGACUGUCAUUUAUUCAAUUUAUCUUUCAAAGAUGAUCAUUUCGACCCCCUGUUGGCUCUUGAGGACAUUUACCUGGUUAUACCCUCUGUGUGUAUCAAAGCAAUAUCAAAAAGAAGAGUUGGAUUCUUCUCUGUGGAUCUAUGGUUUUGCUGUUCUCAAUCAGUACAGCACUGUCAAACAUGAAAUGAUUUAAGUCUAGUGAUUAUAUUUCUUUAUGAGGCAGUGAUGCAGCAAUUAGUCAUUCCACUAUGUUGUAUGUAUGCGAAUGAUGUUGACUAAUGUUGUGAUCAGCAUUUUCUUAAAAGUUACACAAGUCCCCGAUCAGAUACUGUUUUCUCAUCUUUGUUGGACAGGAAUUGGACAUUCAAUUUGUUGACAUGCAUGCUGAACAAAACAAAAAAGGGAAGGCAGCUCUAGUUGCUGUUCAUCAGAACAUGUAGAUGUCACCAUUGAGAAUUGUAGUUUGUAGCUUUAUAUGUGUGUAGGAUGAAUUGUGAAUAACUCGUAUAUAAGGGAAAGCUGUGGUGUUACUGUACAUCAAUUUUAUGAACUUCAAAAUAAAGUAUUGUGUCCCACUGA